UGGGCGCGGGGCGGCCCGUGGGCCGGCGCCGCGGUGAUUUGCUGCGCGGCGCGGCGAGCGGCGGCGGCGGCGAUGAGAGCGGGCAGUGCGAACUGCCGGAGCAGCCGCCGGCCGCCAUAGUCGGCACACAAAGCUAGUCCCAGAUUUGAGCGACGGUAAGGCACCCUAAUGAGUGAACCUCGGGAGCGCUAUGGAUUUGACUAAGAUGGGCAUGAUACAGCUCCAGAACCCCUGCCACCCCACGGGGCUGCUGCACAAAGCCAACCAGAUGCGCCUGGCGGGGACGCUGUGCGACGUGGUCAUCAUGGUGGACAGCCAGGAGUUCCACGCUCACAGGACAGUGUUAGCUUGCACUAGUAAAAUGUUUGAGAUCCUCUUCCACCGCAACAGUCAGCAUUACACCCUGGACUUCCUUUCACCAAAGACUUUCCAGCAGAUUCUGGAGUAUGCUUACACGGCCACCCUCCAGGCAAAGGUUGAAGACUUGGAUGACCUGCUCUACGCAGCUGAGAUCCUAGAAAUAGAGUAUCUAGAAGAGCAGUGCCUGAAGAUCUUGGAGACCAUCCAGGCAUCCGAUGACAACGAUGCCGAAGUCACCAUGACAGAUGGAGGUGCCGAUGAAGAGGAGGACAGGAAAUCGAGGUACAUCAAGGGGCUCUUCAUCUCCAAGCAUUCCAGCGAGGAGAGCGGCUACGCCAGCACGGCCGGGCAGAGCGGACCAGGCACUAUGGUGGAGCAGAGCCCCUCAGUCUCCACAUCCUUUGGCCUCUCCGCCAUGAGCCCCACCAAGGCAGCGGUGGACAGCCUGAUGAGCAUCGGGCAGUCACUGCUGCAGGGUGCCCUGCAGCACAACGUCCCCGAGGAGCCGCACGCUGCCGGCCGCCACCCCGGCCCCAGCGAAGUCAAAACCGAAGUGAUGCAGGUGGAAGAUGCCUCCAGCCACGAGAGCCCACGGCCGGUGGAGUCGGGUGCUUCCAGUGGGGAGAAAUCUGAUGACAAGAGCAAGGAAGACCCCGGCACCCCGACCCGCAGCAGUGUUAUCACAAGUGCCCGCGAACUGCACUACGUCCGCGAUGAGAGCGCAGAGCAGCCUCCCGAGGCCGCCCAGGGGAUGCUGGUGGGGCCGGAGCAGUCCGUGGCUGCGAGCGAGAAGCCUUUGGGUGUCUACUCCGUGCUCCCUAACCACAAAAGUGACUCUGUGCUCAGCAUGCCGCCCUCCAUGACAUCCACUCUUCACAUGCAGCCAGCCCUGGCCGUGUCCAUGGACUUCAGCGCUUAUGGAGGGCUCCUGCCCCAGGGCUUUAUUCAGAGGGAGCUGUUCAGUAAGCUCGGGGAGUUGGCAGCCGGCAUGAAAACGGAGAGCAGAGCCGUGGGCGAGCAGUGCAGUGUGUGUGGGGCAGAGCUCCCGGACAACGAGACCGUCGAACAGCACCGGAAGCUGCACAGCGGUAUGAAGACGUACGGAUGCGAGUUGUGUGGGAAGCGGUUUCUGGACAGCUUGCGGCUGCGAAUGCACUUACUGGCACACUCAGCGGGUGCCAAAGCAUUUGUCUGUGAUCAGUGCGGUGCGCAAUUCUCAAAAGAAGAUGCCCUGGAGACACACAGGCAGACACACACUGGACAUCUGCUCUUGGCCAACGUGAGUCAAAGCCAAUUGGGGAUGAAGGUUACCCAUGGCACCCUGAUACCAAGGCUGAUAAAAACUCCCCCUGCUUCCAUGCAGUCAAACUCCAGCGUUCUCUGCAUUGUCCAGCAGCCGGUGGCUGUGAAGGAGCCAUUGACACAGUGACAAAAAAAUUCCAAACAUCUCUGAAAUCUAAUCUAGCAAGAGCCAACAAUCCCUGGACUCUUGUUUGGCGUACCAAGAAUUUUUGGAGCCUUCCACUUCACUCUUAGCGAUUGCAACAACAAUUUUGUUGCAUGCCUCUAUUGCAUGCACAUAGUUUAAGACAUUCAAUAUGAAGAGUAAGUGAAGACUGUUUUGUUGGAGGCACUGACCAGCUGGGAUUUGUGUGCAUGUGGGGUGUGUGUGUGCACGUGGACGUAUAUAAAUGCAUCUUUUAGUUGCGUAGCUCACAGCUAAUGCUGAUGUCAUUGUGCUGCUGUUGUUCAGUGUGGGAUGUUUUGGGGCUGGCUGUGGGGAUGCUCUGCAAUCGUGGGAAUGCUGGAGGUGUUACCAUGAAGGCAGCAGGCAACGCCUUGCCCUGCUGGUAGCCUACACUGUACGUUUGCACCCACUGUUGUGCCAGAGCCUUUGAUAAAAGAUUUAUAAUGAUAAUAAUUAUUAUGGUGAUGGACAGACAGAACAGCCAGCCACCAGAAGCAACAAAAACGCAAUGGGUGUUUCAUAGGGCGUAGCAGGAAUAUUCUGCAGUCCUGGUGCCUUCUCCAGGUGCUCAUAAGUGCCCAAGUUUCAUUGGCACCAAUGCCCUGGGGCACCUUCCUGCACCCGGGUCCCAGUGCUGGGGCUGCAAGAGCUGGAGGCGAGGGCCGGGACGGAGCAGCCACAUCUCUUGCACACGCACACACACGCAGAGGGGAAAACUUGAAGUCAAACGUCUCAAAGUCAGAUCCCUUUUUAGUAUGAAUUUGCUGUAUCUCAUUCUGAGCACUAAUUCCAAUUUAAUUGCAAGUGGCCUGAAGCCUCUUCAAUAGGAGUAACAAAUGGUUUGAUUUUGUAAACUUCAUCAGACUGCAUUUUAAAUGCGACACACUAGCCCGGCUCGAAUGCCAAUGAAGCACUGAAGUAGCUCUCUGUUUACUAAUUAUCCGUUUUUACUUCAAGCCACGCUGGCUGGCUUGUCUGAUUAAAUCGGAUUUGUGGGAUAGAGAACAGCUAGCAGAGUUUUCUCUAUAGUAAACGAGAUUGAAACUAUGGACCGCCUGGCUGCACACUGUAAAUUAUAUUUCCUUUUAAAGGGGACGUGUCUCUUUUAUUUCUUCGGCGAACCUCCGGCAUGUUAAACUUUGUGGUACGGAAAUGCACCGGGCGCCUUUUAAAAAUAAGAGGAAAAGCAAACCUGUGUUCCUUGCCAUAUGCCUACGUGUCUCGGAGCGAAUUUCAUUUUAAUUCC